UAUUUUUUUUUUGUAACCAUGGACCCAUUUUAUUGGACAACAUGGAUCUUCGUUUUUUAAAGGUUAUUAAUAGUGUGCAUUGCUGCAUUUUAUACAGAUUUCUCUAUGUUGACGCAAAGACAAACUAUCCUUUUCUCAACAAGCGCCUCCUGCGUUUAAUUCUGCUGGUCGCUGGUCAGGAGUGGGGAGCCCACAUGCAACUACACUGACACGCUGAGGGCACUCUGAAAGCCAGGAGAGGUGGUGUUUGCAGAGAACAGCAGGACUAGUCUGAAGUCAAAGCGGCUAUGCAACUGCCUAGGGUGUUGCUUUCGGUUUUUCUCGUCUGCUUAGCCGUCACAGACAACGCAAAGAUUAAUCCCAUUAUUACCGAAGAGAAGCUGUUAUGGAUAGGCGGCAACGCUGGGGAGGUCCACACAUACCGGAUACCCCUGCUCACCUUUACAACGCGUGGCAGUCUGCUCGCCUUCGCAGAGGCCAGGAAGACGUCCUCAGGAGACAUGGUGGCUAAAUUCAUCGCACUGCGACGCUCCACAGACAAAGGAGCCACAUGGUCUCCUACUUCGUUCCUUCUGAAUGAUGGUAUCCACACGGAUGGAUCAAACCUGGGCUCCGUUGUCGUGGAUGAAGACACGGGCGCCGUGAUGCUCAUCUACUCCAUCUGUUUCUACAAUUACCACUGCAGCCCCGCCAGCACCAUGUUGGUAGAGAGCCUGGACGAUGGCCUGACCUGGAGCACGCCACGAAACCUCUCCGUCCAGCUGGGGGUGAAGAGCUUCAUCCCGGGACCAGGCUUUGGGAUUCAGAAGCGCCUUCCACCUGCUAAAGGCCGUCUGGUGGUGUGUGGGCACGGCUCCAUUGAGGGCGAUGGCGUCUUCUGCAUCCUGAGCGACGACCACGGGCGAACCUGGAGGAACGGGGCAGCACUCAAGAGCAUCCCCUACAACCAGCCCAAACAGAGCCUGGACUUCAACCCGGAUGAGUGCCAGCCGGUGGAGCUGGAAGAUGGAAGCAUUGCAGUCAACGUGCGCAACCAGAACAAUUACCACUGCCGAUGCCGGAUGGUGGUGCGGAGUCUGGACGGGGGAGAGACACUGCCCGUGGAGGAGCUGGUGUUUGACCACACGCUGGUGGAUCCUGUAGUGGCAGCUGGAGCCCUGCAGAAAGCGGGCGUGCUAUACUUCACCAACCCAGCCAACUCGCACCUCAGGGUCAAUCUCACUCUACGCUGGUCUCUGACUGAUGGUAGGUCAUGGGAAAAUGAGAUACUACAGAUCUGGGAGGGACCCAGUGGUUAUUCCUCUAUAACAUCCCUGAAAGGAGACUAUACUGAGGAUAGGAAACACAUCUUUGUCAUCUAUGAAAAGGGCCGUAGAGACUAUUGUGAGUCUGUGUCUUUUGCAAAAAUUAACCUAUAUGGCGGCAUAUAGAUCUGGGAAGAUGAAUUUGGAUGUUGGGUAAAAAAUAAAUAGUAGAGGACAUUCAAGGCUCAUGAAGUUGUUUUUGCAUGAUAUUUUCAGGAUGAUUGAAAAUAUGGUGUCAGUUUUCUUUUUGUUUGUAUUUGCACACAUUUUUAAAAUUAAGAGUUUAGUUUUUUAAUCAUUUUAGAAUACCAUCUUAUAUGAUUCAGUCUGAAUUUUGGAUUUUUAUUUUAUACACACUAUUUAAGUAUGUAACAUAGUAAGACUGGAUCAUUCAAAAGGGAAUAUCGGUGUCUUAAUCAGGAGAUACAUUCUAAGACCUCAAAUGUUUUUGAUGAAUGAAUAAUUUAAAAUAAAAUUGUAUGUGAACACAUUUACAUGUGAAAACAUGUA